AUAACACAGAAAUUUUGGUUAUUCCCUUGAAUUUGAUUCUUGUAACUUCGGUUCAGUGACUUUUUGGCAGUCCAGUUCUUUACCAUCUACACCACAAAACAUACCGUCCAAUGACAUGUGAAUGACAGUGGUCAAAAUAAUUUAAAAGUUGUUUACUUUUUGUAACUACCGUUCAGCCCUGACAAUUUUCCAAAUGGAAUUAGAUAAUUUUUAUUGAAUUUAUCUCACGAUUCUUAGUUAUUUCAUAACACCCUAAAUAUUCCCUGUAUAUACCCCAAAACAUUUUUGAUAGCUUUCAUAAAUAUAUAUUCUACAAUGAAUACAGAUCCCGGACCUAGCUCUAGUUUAUUUCAAAAUACAGAUCUGAAUGUGAAUAAAUCUCAAAACGAGGAAGAAGAAGAAGAUUUGGAAGAUCAGAAGAGGAGAAAAGAAGAGCUGCAAAAUCUACUGGUAGCCAAACUAGACGAUUUCAACUUUGACGAAAGUACCAUCAACUCUUCAACAAAUAUUUCUACAGCAUCAAAUGAUGAUAUUCAACAUAAGUAUAAGUAUGCUUCCACAACAAAUGAGCAACUGCAAGUAUUAUAUGAAGUAAGAACUAGAGAACUUGCUACAUUGAGAGAAGAAUAUGAGAAGUAUAAAGCUGAAAAAAGUAAAGAAAUAGAUAAUUUAAAAAAUAAGCUAAUUCUUGGUGAAGCUGAAAAUCACCAAUUGAAAAUAUCCUUGAAAAAUGCUGAGAAUUUGUUGGUAGAGAAGACAACAAUGAUUAAUGAUCUGAGAAAAGAGCUAAAUGUAGUAACAAACCACGCAAAACAGUAUGAGAAAGAUAUAGAGGAGUUGCAAAUCGAAAUAUCAACCUAUCAGACAACUCUAAAUGACCUCCACAUGAAAAAUUUGACGCAGACACCAUUGUCCAAUAAAAUAAAUGCUGAAGAGAUUCAAAAGAUACAUCAGGAACAGAUUUCUAAAUUAGAUACUUUGUUGAAGGAUCAGACUAGACUAUCUGAACAGUAUUUAAAAGAAAUUAACAACCUGAGACAAGAAUUGCAAAGGCUGGUAGAAAUAGAGUUGACUGACAAAACUGCUAUCAAUGUGCUGACAACAAACUUUGACAGUGCACAAAAACAGUGUGAGGAACUUAUAAACAUCAUUGAAGUCUUAACCAAUGAAAAUAGACACCUUCAAGAAAGGCUCAAUGGCAGUUUUCAUUACCACCAAACAGGCACAGAAGAGAAAAGGAAGUCAGUGGAUAACUUCUUAGAUAAACAGUUGGAGAAAAUGAAACAAAUGUUGGUUGACAAAACAGCUCAUAUUGACACUUUGAAUAUGAAAUUGAAAAACUAUGGAGACUGCCUUAAUGAAUUACUAGAAUAUAGACAGCUCAAGGCUGAUGCAUUAAAAAAAGAAAUUCAGGAAUGUAAUAAUCAAGAACAUACGAAAACGUUACUACUACUCAGAAGCGAACUAAUCAAUAAUGAAAAACUGCUCCAGGAUAAGGACAGACAGAUAUCAGCUUUAAACUCUAACAAUCGGGAAUUAUUAGAGAAAAUGGAAGCGAUGAUUUCUCAGACAAGAAAUGACAUUCAAAAUAUAAGUUACAAGUAUAAUAUACCGCAGUUGGAAAAAAUGGCAGAGGACUUUAAAAAAGCCGAAUUGCGUAUCAAGGAACUCGAGGAGAGCUUAUCAAAAUCUGAGGAGACACGAUUGUCCCUAGUUCAAAAACUCCAAAUGUUAGACAAAAAAGACUUGGAAUCAGAUAUAAAGAACAUGAAGUUGCAUCACGAAAAAGAGAAAACAAAUUUAGAAAAUCAGGUUAAAAAACUUCAAAACGAUCUUGAUGUUGCUUCUACAGAAGUAGACAAUUUGAAAAAAUAUGUCAAUGAAUUGGUUAAUGAUAAUGCAAAACUUCAGCUAGAAAUAAAGCAAUUCGAGGAUAUGAGGAACAACGAAGAAGGUCAUAAACAAAUCAUUAAUGACUUGCAUAACCUGCUUAAAGAUAAAGAACAAACGUUGAAAGCUUUUGAGGAAAACAAAAAAGAAGCUGAAGAUAAUUUAAAGAGGGCUGUAACUAAGAUGAAAAAGUUGGAAAACACUUUAAAGGAAGCCCAUUCAUCAAUUGCUGAUAAAAACAGCAUUAUUCUCGAACUUCAAGAUAAACUGAGGCGGAUGCAUGAAAAAUCGCAGACGGAAGAAGUUCAUGUUAGUAGCAUAGGCAGUGAAUUAGAGACAAAGUUGAAAACAUUGGAAGAUGAUUUGACUGAAGCCAAAACAACAAUAAUUGAAAAAGAUAAAAUUAUUUUUGAAUUGCAACAGGAAAUAGAACGAGUGUCAGCAAAUUUACGAACUAAAAUGGACGAGUUAGUAAAUGGCGACAAAAAUAAUGAUGCAGAGACUGAAGCGAGAUUGAAGAAGUUGGAAGAUGCUUUGUCUGAGGCCAAUUCAAUGAUUGCAGAUAAAGACAAGAUUAUUAUCUGUCUUCAAACUGAGAUUAAACAAUUUUCAGUAAACCUCCCACCUAAGGUAGAAGUUGGAGGUGGAGAUGGUGAUAGAAAUAGAGAAUUAGACCCGGUAGACGUUUUAACAUUAGAGUUCAAGUUAAGGGAGGAAAUUCAACAAGAGUACCAAAAGAAUUUGAAUGAAGUCGAGAAGAAAUACAAAAAGAUGGCAGCUUCUGGCAGGGAUAUCCAAAAAGAACUGUCUGAAAGAACUAAAGAGUUACAGGAAAAACAUAAGGAACAACUGACAGUUGUGCUAUCAGAAUGUGCGCUGAAAAUUAAAGAUUUACAAGAGGAAAAACAAGAUUUGUUAGAGAAGCUGGAGGUGCUCCAAGCGGAAUUUUACAAGGUUCAAAGCGAAGCUACGCUAAAAGAGGAUACUUAUGUCAAGCUGAUUAAAAUUGCAAGAAAAGAAGGCGAGAAAAAUGCCGAGGAAUGGAAAAAAUGGCUAAAGCAGUUUUUUAUGCAGUAUAUGAAAAUAGAAACAACCAGCAAAGAAAUCAGACUUAACAUAUUGCAUAACAUGAAGAAAGCAGAUUCUGAGGUAAAUAAAUUCUAUGUUCAAAUGAAUAUGUAUUGAAUAUUGCUAUUUUGUGACGUUUUUUAGGUUGCUGCUCUUGAGAAAAAAUAUGAUGAUAAACUGAAAAAAUACAUAAAAAAGUUGUGAAUUAGUGAUAAUGGUAUGUGUAAUUAAUUGUUGGAAAAUAAAUGCAUAUUUUUUUAAGAUAUCAA